AUGGUGGUCAGCCGCCGUAUUACGCGUCACAUCAACAGGACAAGCUCCUCAGCUCGCAAAUCUCCAAAUCCAGCAGAUUCGGAACCUGAAUCUCCGAUUUCCUCCGGUUUUCUCACUAUUUCACCGGAUAGCAUCCAUUCGCCGUUCUAUCUCACAAAUGGCGAUAAUCCUGGUCUUUCUCUUAUCUCGGAGGUACUCGAUGGUUCUAACUAUGAUAAUUGGCGUAUAGCGAUGAAUAUUGCCUUAGAUGCUAAGAACAAAAUCGCUUUCAUCGAUGGAUCUAUAGUUAGGCCUAAUGAAUCGGAUCAAUACUUCCGAAUAUGGUCUCGAUGCAAUUCAAUGGUGAAAUCGUGGUUGUUGAAUUCCGUUUCUAAGGAGAUCUACAAAAGCAUUCUCAGAUUCAAUGAUGCUUCUGAGAUUUGGAAAGAUCUAUCAACUCGUUUUCAUAUCACAAGUUUACCACACUCCUAUCAAUUGUCUCAGCAAAUUUGGUCUCUACAUCAAGGAUCGAUGGAUUUAUCAACUUAUUAUACGAAGCUGAAGACUCUUUGGGAUGAAUUGGAUGGUGCUUCUUGUGAGGAAACUUGCCAUGAUUGUAAGUGUUGCAAAGCUACGGAUACUAAAGCUGAGCAUUCACGGGUGAUUAAGUUUUUGGCUGGCUUGAAUGAAUCUUAUGCCAUCAUUAGAAGCCAAAUCAUCAUGAAGAAACAUGUUCCGAUGCUUUCUGAGAUCUACAAUCUCUUGGAUCAGGAUCAUAGCCAACGGAGUAUCUUAACUGUCCCGAAUGCUUCUGCGUGUCAUAUUGCUGCACCUGAUUCCGUCCCAAUCUCUCUGAACGCAACUCAGGCUGCACACUAUCCUCAGAAGCAGAACAAGCCUCUUUGCAGUUAUUGUGGCUACACUGGUCACACGGUUGAGACUUGUUUCAAGAUACAUGGUUAUCCCCCUGGUUUUAAGCAUAAAUAUCAGAAGAAUGCUCCUGAAAAGACUACGUCUACGAAACCUCCUCAGCAUUCCAAGCCAGUUGUUGCUCAAGUAUCGGUUCCUUCUGCAUCAACUGAGAACAUUUCUGAUACACUGAAGCUUCUUUCCAAAGAUCAGAUUCAGGGAGUCAUCGAUUACUUCAAUUCUCAGCUACAACCGUCUAUCAAUCAACUCUCUACUGCUUCUACCUCUGGAGGUUUAAUUACAACGCUACCGGGUAUGGCUUUCUCCUCUUCGACACUACAUUUUGUUGGUGCUUUACGAGCUACAGGUCAUAUUCUUAGCUCUGACUCCUGGAUAAUUGAUAGUGGUGCGACUCAUCAUGUUUGUCAUGAUAAGAGUUUGUUUGAGGACAUUUCUACUGCUUCAAACACCUCAGUAACUUUACCUACUGGUUUAGGUGUUCAAAUUGCAGGAAUAGGCAGAAUCAAGAUGUCUGAAUAUAUGAUUCUGAAUAAUGUUCUCUACAUCCCAGAUUUUCGUCUUAAUCUCCUGAGUAUCAGUCAGUUAACGAAGGAUUUGGGAUAUCGAGUUUCUUUUGAUCACUCUUCUUGUGUCAUACAGGAUCCUAUCAAGGGAUUGAUGAUUGGUCAGGGUGAAGAAAUCUCAAAUCUCUAUGUGCUGGAUGUUAGCUUGAUCUUGAAGACUUCAUCUCUAAGUACUAGUUUCUUCACAAAUGUUGUUGUUGAUUCAUCUUUGUGGCAUAAUAGACUUGGUCAUCCAUCAGAUUACAAGAUAGAUUUUGUCACUGAUGUACUUGGAAUCAAACAAAAGAAUAAAAGACGUUUACCUUGUGCAAUUUGUCCUUUGGCUAAGCAGAAGCAUCUUUCUUUUGAUUCCAAGAAUAAUAUGUGUGCAAAUGCAUUUGAUCUUUUGCAUAUUGACAUAUGGGGUCCUUACUCUGUUCCUACGGUUGAUGGAUACAGAUACUUCCUCACUAUUGUUGAUGACCAUUCUCGUGUAAUAUGGGUCUAUUUGCUGCGUACAAAAGAUGAGGUCCUCAGAGUCUUCCCUGAUUUUUUAACGAUGAUUGAGAAUCAGUUUCAGUGUAAAGUGCGUGGUGUGAGGUCUGAUAAUGCUCCUGAGUUGCGGUUUGAUGCAUUAUACAAGGAAAAGGGUAUCGUUGCAUACCACUCGUGUCCUGAAACUCCAGAACAGAAUUCAGUUGUGGAGAGGAAGCAUCAACACAUCCUCAACGUAGCAAGAUCUCUCAUGUUUCAAGCUAAGGUUCCUUUGGAGUAUUGGGGUGAUUGUGUACUUACGGCUGUCUUCUUAAUCAACCGUUUGCCAACACCAUUGCUCAAAGAUAAGACACCUUAUGAGGUUUUAAACGCCAAGAAGAUUGAUUACAAGGGUCUCCGCGUCUUUGGUUGUCUCGCCUUUUGUUCUACCUCUUCCAAGAACAGGACAAAGUUUCAACCUAGAGCUCGACCUUGCGUUUUUCUUGGUUACCCAGCUGGAUACAAAGGAUACAAGCUCCUUGAUCUGGAAUCUAACAAGAUUCAUAUUUCCCGAAACGUAGUCUUUCAUGAGGAGAUAUUUCCGUUUGCUACAGAUCACAAUGAGUCUUCCUUUGACUUUUUCUCGACAAUGCCUAAUUCCUCUUCAUCUUCUAGUACUCCUUCAGUAGCUAAUGGAUUCCCUACAGUUGUGAGUGGUGAUACUCCUGUAGUUGUGGAUGAUGAUGUUACUAUUGACAGUGGUACUAAGGAGGAUUCAGUGCAUCCUGUCGACGGUGAAAAGAAGAAAAGAUCCCCCAAAACUCCGGCGUAUCUCCAAGAUUAUUUUUGUAACAUGCAGCAGGCUAAUAUCCCAUAUCCUCUAGCCAACUAUCUCUCUUAUUCUGAGCUGUCCGAUGACUAUAAGGCCUAUAUUUGCUCUGUUAAUCUUCACGCAGAACCCAGCUCAUUCAAUCAGGCCAAGAAGUUUGAAGAGUGGUUACAGGCUAUGAACGAGGAGCUUAUGGCCUUGGAGAAAUCCGAUACAUGGGAGAUUUGUAGUUUACCUGAUGAUAAACAUGCGAUUGGAUGUCGUUGGGUUUAUAAAACGAAGUUGAAUGCUGAUGGAAGUUUAGAACGCUACAAAGCUCGUCUGGUUGCAAAGGGUUUUACUCAACAAGAAGGAGUUGAUUUUGUUGAUACUUUUUCCCCUGUUGCAAAGAUGACCACCGUCAAGACGCUUUUAGCUGUUGCUGCUGCCAAGGACUGGAGUCUUACUCAACUUGACAUCUCAAACGCUUUUCUAAAUGGUGACCUUGAUGAAGAAAUAUACAUGACAUUGCCUCCUGGUUACACUGCUAAACCUGGUGAAUCCCUGCCUCCUAAUGCAGUCUGUCGUCUCAAGAAAUCUUUGUAUGGCUUGAAACAGGCUUCACGGCAGUGGUUCUUGAAGUUUAGCUCGGUUUUGUUGAAAUUGGGCUUUGCUAAAUCACACGCUGAUCACACUUUGUUUGUGAAAAAUGUCAGUGGAAAGUAUUUGGCUGUUCUUGUCUACGUGGAUGAUAUUAUUAUCACAAGCAAUUGUGAUGCAGACGUUGAUCAGCUUAAAGAGGAUUUGAAGAAAGCGUUUCGCUUACGCGAUUUAGGUGCUCUGCGUUAUUUCCUUGGAUUGGAGAUUGCGAGAUCCAAGAGAGGCAUUUAUGUAUGUCAACGCAAGUACGUUCUGGAACUUUUGGAAGAUACUGGUCUUUUGGCUUGCAAACCUUCAAGCAUCCCAAUGGAUCUAAGUAUCAAACUCGUUCAGGAUUCACAGGAACCGGUUAUUGAUGAUGUUAAGCUUUAUCGCCGCCUUGUUGGAAAGAUGAUGUAUCUUACUAUCACACGUCCAGAUAUCACCUAUGCCGUCACCAGAUUGUGUCAAUUUGCCUCAGCUCCUAAGCAGUCUCAUCUUAAAUCUGCUUACAAGGUGCUUCAUUAUCUCAAAGGCACAAUUGGUCUAGACUUAUUCUAUUCUGCUGAAUCCACUUUGGUGCUCACGGGGUUCACUGAUGCGGAUUGGAUGUCUUGCCUUGAUAGUCGUCGUUCAACUUCUGGUUAUUGUAUGUUUCUAGGAAACUCUCUCAUUUCCUGGAAAUCUAAGAAACAACAGGUGGUUUCUAACUCUUCUGCUGAAUCUGAAUACAGAGCCAUAGAGUUUGCUUCUCGUGAAGUGGUGUGGCUGCGUAGUUUGGUUGAAGAAUUACAGGCACCUCAAUCUCAGCCUGUUGCUUUGUUCUGCGAUUCUACUGCUGCCAUUCACAUUGCAAGCAAUCCAGUCUUUCACGAGAGAACUAAGCACAUCGAGAAGGAUUGUCACUUAGUUCGUGAUCGAAUUGCUGCUGGACUUAUCAAAGCUAUACAUGUUAGGACUGGUCAACAGCUUGCGGAUGCCUUUACUAAGCCUUUGUUUCCGAACCAGUUCAAUGCUCUCAUGUCCAAGAUGGCGUUAACUUCCAUUUACUCGCCAUCUUGA